UCCGACAUUCGACGAUGGUGCGUCGACGCCUUCAGGUGUUUGGCUGCGUGCUGUUCGCGUGGGCUGCGACGGCGGCCGCAGGAGGCGUCCCGCAGGCGCCUCGGGCUCCGUGCCCCUGCAGUCUGGAGGCCGACGCCCUCGACUGCUCCGGCCUCGGCCUCGACAGCGUUCCCCAGGGCUGCUUCGUGCUGCACCCCGGGAUCUCCGCCCUCAUCCUCGACGACAACGCCAUCAGCCGCCUGGAGGAGGCGGACUUCGCGGCCGUGGGCGCCUCUCUCACCGAGCUCGUCCUCCGCAACAACCCUGUGGAUUUCGUUCACAAGCACGCCUUCUCCAGCCUGACGGCGCUGCAGACUCUGCACCUCGGCGGGACCAACUUGGCCUUCCUUCCGCCGGGUCUGUUCGCGCAGCUCCACGCCCUGACGUACGUCAACCUCAACAACGCCGGGCUCCGCGGCCUGCCCCAGCGGCUGUUCAGCGAGAGGCUCGUCGAGAGCGUGGCGCUGGAGAUGGACGUCCCAGAGAUGGCGGUGGUGCCGUGCGCCACGCUCAGCGCUCUCCCCCGGGGCAGCAGCAUCAACGUCACCUCACAAUACCUGUGGGCUCCUACGCCCAGGAAGCUCUGAACUGUUCCGAAGUCGCGCCCUUGCCUCUCAAGACUUCGCUGUGUUCCCUGU